UCCCUCUGCCCGUCUCUCGGCGAGGAAGCUUCCCGGGCGCUCGCUCCGAAGUAGCCGAGCCGUUCCCUUGGAAGCGGGCGCGCUGGGGGCUCGUGAUUGGCGGCCUCCGCAUGGAGCUUGCGGCCGCCUCUCCCCGGAGCCCCGAGGCGUAGCAGCCUCCUUACUCCUCCCUCUCUGCCUGCCGCCCGCCCUCAGCCCCGCACCGAAGUUUGGGAAGCGUCGGGGAAAGUUUGUGCGCCGCGCUCGGGGGCAGGAAAGCAGCCGCCGCCGUCGCCAGCAUCAUGGCGAGCAGGCCAGCCGGGUCGGAGGAGGCCGCCCGAUCAACUCCCUGCUUCUCCGACGGCUCGGUUCUCCCCCGGAGAAGGGACGGCGGAGUACAGCGGCCCCUGUGGUUCGUCUGCAUGGCACUUUUUUGGAGGCUCGGCACCGCCGACUCGGAGUUUUCCAUUCUGGAUGAAGCGCAAGUUUUGGCCAUUCAGAUGAGAAAACUAGCCGCCGAGGAGUUGGGCGUCGUUACUGUGCAGCGGAUAUUCAACUCCUUUGUGUACACAGAAAAAAUCUCAAAUGGAGAAAGUGAAGUUCAACAGCUAGCCAAAAAAAUUCGAGAAAAGUUUAACCGUUACUUGGAUGUGGUAAACAGAAACAAGCAUGUAGUGGAAGCUUCAUACACUGCUCAUUUGACUUCUCCUCUCACAGCAAUUCAGGACUGUUGCACCAUUCCACCAUCUAUGAUGGAGUUUGAUGGCAAUUUUAACACUAACGUGUCUAGAACCAUUAGCUGUGAUAGAUUGUCCACCACCGUGAGUAGCAGAGCAUUCAAUCCUGGGCGUGAUUUAAAUUCCGUCCUUGCUGACAAUUUGAAAUCAAAUCCUGGAAUCAAAUGGCAGUAUUUUAGUUCAGAAGAAGGUAUUUUUACCGUGUUUCCAGCUCACAAAUUCCGAUGUAAAGGCAAUUAUGAACACCGCAGCAGGCCUGUCUACGUCUCUACAGUUAGACCUCAGUCUAAGCAUGUAGCUGUCAUUAUCGAUCAUGGAGCUUCAGUUACAGAAACACAACUGCAGAUUGCUAAAGAUGCAGCCCAAGUUAUUCUGAACUCAAUAGAUGAACAUGAUAAGAUUUCUGUGUUAACUGUGGCAGACACAGUGAGAACUUGUUCUUUGGAUCAGUGCUACAAGACAUUUCUGUCUCCUGCUACCAGUGAGACAAAAAGGAAAAUGUCCACCUUUGUUAGCAAUAUCAAAUCAUCUGACAGCCCUACCCAGCAUGCAGCAGGCUUUCAGAAAGCAUUUCAGUUGAUGCGAAAUACAAACAAUAGCACUAAACUUCAAGCGAACACAGAUACAGUCAUAAUUUACUUAUCAGCUGGAAUAACAUCAAGGGAUUCAUCCGAAGAUAGUAAAAAGACUACUCUUCGUGUCAUCAAUGAAGAAAAUAGUUUGCUUAACAACUCUGUAAUGAUCCUUACUUAUGCUCUCAUGAAUGAGGGUGUAACAGGCUUAAAAGAAUUAGCCUUUCUUCGAGAUCUAGCAGAACAAAACUCAGCAAAGUAUGGAGUCCCAGAUCGGACAGCUUUUCCUGUAACUAAGGGCAGUAUGAUGGUUCUGAACCAGCUGAGCAAUUUGGAAACAACUGUUGGACGGUUUUAUACAAAUCUCCCAAACCAUAUGAUUGAUGAAGCAGUCUUCAGUUUACCCUUUUCUGAUGAAAUGGGAGAUGGUCUGAUAAUGACUGUCAGCAAGCCAUGUUACUUUGGAAAUCUGUUGUUAGGAAUUGUUGGAGUGGAUGUUAAUCUAGCCUAUAUUUUGGAAGAUGUUACCUAUUACCAAGAUUCUUUGGCUUCCUACACAUUUCUGAUUGAUGAUAAAGGGUAUACGCUUAUGCAUCCCUCUCUUACCAGACCCUACUUGCUUUUGGAACCACCGCUUCACACAGAUAUAAUACAUUAUGAGAAUAUUCCAAAAUUUGAACUGGUUCGACAGAAUAUCCUCAGCCUCCCCCUCGGCAGUCAACUUAUUACAGUCCCCGUGAAUUCGUCACUGUCUUGGCAUGUCAACAAAUUGCGUGAAAUUGGGAAAGAUGCCUACAAUGUGAGUUAUGCCUGGAAAAUGGUUCAGGACACAUCUUUCAUUUUGUGUAUAGUUGUAAUACAACCAGAAAUACCUGUUAGACAACUUAAAAACCUCAACACUGUACCCAGUAGUAAACUGCUUUAUCAUCGUCUGGAUCUCUUAGGCCAGCCCAAUGCUUGUCUGCAUUUCAAACAACUGGCAACCUUAGAAAGCCCUACAGUGAUGUUGUCUGCAGGUGGUUUUUCAUCUCCAUAUGAACAUCUAAGCCAGCCCGAGACCAAGAGGAUGGUGGAACACUAUACAGCAUAUCUGAGUGAUAACACCCGCCUCAUUGCCAACCCUGGGCUGAAAUUCUCUGUCAGAAAUGAAGUAAUGGCUACCAGUCAUGUCACAGAUGAAUGGAUGACACAAAUGGAAAUGAGUAGCUUGAACAGUUACAUUGUCCGCCGUUACAUAGCAACGCCCAAUGGGGUGCUCAGAAUUUAUCCUGGUUCCCUCAUGGACAAAGCAUUUGAUCCCACUAGGAGACAAUGGUACCUCCAUGCAGUGGCCAAUCCAGGAUUAAUUACUUUCACCGGGCCAUAUUUAGAUGUUGGAGGAGCGGGCUAUGUGGUUACCAUCAGUCAUACUGUCCAUUCCUCAAGCUCACAGAUGUCUUCUGGCCAUUCUGUUGCGGUGAUGGGCAUUGAUUUUACUCUGCGGUAUUUGUACAAAGUACUAAUGGACCUGUUACCAGUUUGCAAUCAAGAUGGAGGCAAUAAAAUAAGGUGCUUUAUUAUGGAAGAUAGAGGAUAUCUUGUGGCACAUCCAACUCUUAUUGAUCCUAAAGGUCAUGCUCCAGUAGAACAGCAACAUAUUACACAUAAGGAACCUCUUGUGGCAAAUGAUAUCCUAAACCAUCCAAACUUUGUGAAGAAAAAUUUGUGUAACAGUUUCAGUGACAGAACCGUCCAGAGAUUUUAUAAAUUUAAUACCAGCCUUAUGGGUGAUCUGACAAAUCUUGUGCACGGCAGCCACUGUUCUAAAUACAAGCUGACAAGAAUACCUGGAACCAAUGCCUUUGUUGGAAUAGUAAAUGAAACCUGUGACUCACUUGCCUUCUGUGCCUGCAGUAUGGUAGACAGGCUCUGUCUGAACUGUCACAGAAUGGAACAGAACGAAUGUGAAUGUCCUUGCGAGUGCCCUUUAGAAGUCAAUGAAUGUACAGGCAAUCUUACCAAUGCAGAAAACAGAAACCCUAGUUGUGAAGUCCAUCAGGAACCUCUGACUUUUAUUGCUGUGGAUUCCAGCCUACAGGAUGCUCUUCCUCAGUGUAUCAAUACACAGUGUAAUCAAAGAAUGGAGAGCGGAGAUUGUUUUGGUGUCUUAGACUGUGAAUGGUGCAUGGUAGACAGUGAUGGAAAGACUCACCUUGAUAAAUCCUACUGUGCUCUUCAGAAGGAAUGCUUUGGAGGUAUUGUGGGUGCCAAAAGCCCCUAUACGGAUGACAUGGGAUCCAUUGGAGAUGAAGUGAUAACUUUGAAUAUGAUAAAAAGCGCCCCAGUUGGUCCUGUAGCAGGAGGUAUUAUGGGAUGCAUAAUGGUGUUGGUUCUCGCAGUCUAUGCCUAUCGUCAUCAGAUCCAUCGCCGAAGUCAUCAGCAUAUGUCUCCACUUGCAGCCCAAGAAAUGUCAGUCCGCAUGUCCAACCUGGAGAAUGAGAGAGAUGAAAGGGAUGAGGACAGUCAUGAAGACAGAGGAAUCAUCAGUAACACUCGGUUCAUAGCAGCAGUUAUCGAGCGACACGCCCAUAGUCCUGAACGCAGGCGCCGUUAUUGGGGACGAUCAGGAACAGAAAGCGAUCAUGGCUACAGUACUAUGAGUCCUCAGGAAGACAGCGAAAACCCUCCCUGCAAUAACGACCCAUUAUCAGCUGGCGUAGAUGUGGGAAAUCAUGAUGAAGAUUUAGACCUGGAGACCCCACCUCAGACUGCUGCCCUUUUGAGUCACAAGUUCCACCACUACAGGUUGCACCAUCCCGCCCCCCAUCAUAGUCACCACUUACAGGCUGCAGUGACGGUACACACGGUGGAUGCAGAAUGCUAACGACUUUGGACUCAGGGAAAGAAUUGCAUCUCAUGACACAGGCAGCAGGAGCCCAACUCAGUGUUCAUCCUUGGUGCCAGACAUUGGUUUUGGUGA